AUGAGUCUUUGGGUUGAUAAACAUCGUCCUAAAGAUUUGAUGAAGCUAGAUUACCACAAAGAUCAAGCUGUAAGAUUGAAAAGUCUUGUUCAACAAAGUGAUUUCCCUCAUCUCCUUGUAUACGGUCCAUCUGGAGCUGGUAAAAAAACUAGAAUUAUGUGCUUGUUAAGAGAAUUAUAUGGAUCUGGAUCUGAACGUUUGCGUCAAGAAACAAUGCAUUUUACUACGCCUUCUAAUAAGAAAAUAGAAAUAAUGACUGUCAGUAGCAAUUACCACAUUGAAGUCAAUCCCACUGAUGUUGGUAUACACGAUAGAGUUGUUAUUAUGGAUCUUGUAAAAAACGUGGCACAAACGCAUCAAAUCGACUCUGCCGGUCAACGUGAGUUUAAAGUUGUUAUAUUAAAUGAAGUAGAUGACUUAACAAAGGAUGCACAACAUGCUCUUCGUCGUACUAUGGAGAAAUAUGUUAGUACUUGCAGACUAAUAUUAAUUGCCAAUUCAAUAUCAAGAGUUAUUCCUGCUAUAAGAUCACGUUGUUUAACAAUAAGAGUGCCAGCCCCUACUGAAACAGAAAUAGCAUCGGUUUUGCAUGCUGUUUGUAAAAAAGAAGGCCUAAGUUUGCCACCAGAGCUAGCUAUGCGGAUAGCAAAAAGUGCGGAUCGUAAUCUACGUCGUGCUUUGUUAAUGUGUGAGGCAUGUAAAGUUCAGCAUUAUCCAUUUACCUCAGAUCAAAAGGUUCCAGAGCCAGAUUGGCAAAUAUUUAUAAGAGAAACAGCAGCUAUGAUUUUAUCUGAACAGUCACCGAAAAAACUUGCUGAAGUUCGACAAAAGUUAUACGAAUUAAUAAUUCACGGAGUGCCACCAGAUGUGAUAUUUGCAGGACUGUUAAAAGAAUUAGUUUGUAACUGUGAUAUGUCUAUGAAAUGUAAGAUUGCCAGCUAUGCAGCUCAGUACGAACACAGAAUGAGACUGGGUAAUAAACCCAUAUUUCACAUAGAAGCAUUUGUAGCAAAGUUUAUGGCUAUUUACAAAAAGUUUUUGGAAGAAGCACUUGGAGAUGUAUUUUAA